AUGGCUGUCAUAGGUUCUGGUUCCGGGCAGCCACAAUUCAUUUCUAGCACUGGCAACCGAAACUUUUCCAAUGCGCCACUCAUUGAGAACUCGGAUACUAAUCAAAUUGUUGUGCCUGAUAAGAGAAGCUGGAAAAAUUUAUUUGCCUACAUGGGGCCUGGGUUUCUUGUAUCCAUUGCAUACAUAGACCCAGGGAACUUUGAGACCGAUCUUCAGGCUGGGGCACAGUAUAAAUAUGAGUUACUUUGGAUCAUAUUGGUGGCAUCAUGUGCUGCUCUUGCAAUUCAAUCAAUGGCAGCCAAUCUUGGGGUGGUCACUGGAAAACACUUAGCAGAGCAUUGUAGAAAUGAAUAUGCCCGGGUACCCAACUUCAUCCUUUGGAUUAUUGCUGAAAUUGCUAUAGUGGCCUGUGACAUUCCUGAAGUAAUAGGAACAGCCUUUGCAUUGAACAUGCUCUUCAACAUUCCUGUUUGGAUUGGUGUUCUUCUGACAGGACUCAGCACAUUGAUCCUCUUAGCAUUACAGCAAUAUGGGGUUAGGAAACUUGAAUUCUUGAUUGCAUUUCUUGUGUUUACAAUUGCUGCAUGUUUUAUGGCUGAGCUUGGAUAUGCAAAGCCUGAUGCUAAAGAAGUUAUAAAGGGUCUUUUUGUGCCACAACUAAAAGGAAGUGGUGCUACCGGUCUGGCAAUUUCACUCCUUGGAGCUAUGGUUAUGCCGCACAAUCUCUUCCUGCACUCAGCACUGGUGCUUUCUCGGAAAAUACCACGAUCUGUUCGGGGAAUCAAGGAGGCUUGCAGGUUUUACAUGAUAGAAAGUGCCUUCGCUCUCAUGGUGGCCUUCCUCAUAAAUAUUUCUGUUAUUUCUGUAAGUGGUGCUGUUUGCAAUUCCUCGAAUCUGAAUGCAGAAGAUCAGAUGAGCUGUCAUGAUUUGGAUCUGAACAAAGCCUCCUUCCUACUUAGAAAUGUCUUGGGGAACUGGAGUUCAAAACUGUUUGGAAUUGCUUUGCUUGCAUCAGGUCAAAGUUCUACUAUAACAGGAACAUAUGCAGGGCAGUAUGUCAUGCAGGGAUUUCUUGAUUUACGACUGGAGCCAUGGAUUCGGAAUAUGUUAACUCGUUGCUUAGCCAUAGUUCCAAGUUUGAUUGUUGCAGUCAUUGGUGGCUCUGCUGGUGCUGGGAAGCUCAUAAUAAUUGCAUCCAUGAUCUUAUCAUUUGAACUUCCUUUUGCUUUGGUUCCACUCCUCAAAUUUACAAGCUGCAAAACUAAGAUGGGGGCACAUGUCAACUCGACCAUGAUUUCAGCUGUUACAUGGAUAAUCGGCACCCUAAUUAUGGUCAUUAACAUAUACUACUUGAUAACUGGCUUCAUCAAGCUGCUUCUUCACAGUGACAUAAAAACUGUGGCUAAGGUGUUUCUUGGGAUACUAGGAUUUUCUGGCAUUGCAAUAUAUUUGGCUGGUAUAGCGUAUCUAGUACUCCGCAAAAAUAAAGAGGCUACACACCUUUUGGCUCUAACAGCACCAGAAAAUCAACAAAUGACAAAUGAACAAGGCAAUGAAUCAAUCUAUUCUCUUCGAAGAGAAGACAUAGUGAGCAUGCAAUUGCCUCAUAGAAGUACUCCCGCUGAUCUUGACUGA